CACACUCAUAUAUAAACACGGGGCUUUUAUUUUGACAGUUCUCUGCUGACUCCGCACGAGCAGGAUUCUAAGGUGAGCCCGUGCAGGUGACAGACUCGGUGGAGACCCCGUAGCGUGGAUCAGACCGAGGCUCUGCGGAGACGCUGCUGCCGCCGCUGCUGCGUCCGGCCCCGGGUACGUGUCCUGCCUCCUCCCGGUGAACCCUCCGUGCUCCCGGGGAGUGUCCUCCCUCCUCCCGCUGAUGGUCCUCCGUGCUCCCGCUGAUGGUGCUCCGUGCUCCCGCUGAAGGUCCUCCUUCCUCCCGGUGAAGGUCCUCCGUGCUCCCGGUGAUCCUCCCGGUGCACCGCCUCCGAGUCCUUCCACUGAACGUCCUCCGCCUUCCCGGUGAAUCGACGCUUUAUUUACCGGAACUCUUCGUGUUUAUUCCGGAUUGAACCGAGCUCAGGUCCUCCGGAGCAGCCGGAGCCUAUGGACCGUGACACCGUUUCCGCUUCCACUCGACAGCUCCACUGGCUCUUUCUCCAUGGUGAAGUGGGCGGGGUCUGAUGUCAGCCCCUCCCUCUUGUCUUGUCCACACUCCUGCCAUGCCCACCAUGGUUUCUAGGCUGCCCAAGUUUGGUUCGCAGCCCAAAUCCAUCGCAGCCUCCAAUGGUGCUCAGAUUUCAACUCCGACCGCCGGCACCGUCAUCAGCGCCGCUGCGACCAGCAGCCUCCUCACCAACGGGUUCUACCAUCAUCCUGGCCCGAUGGGGGUCAACGGUAGCGUAACAGCGCCCCCCUCUGCUGUCAAGAAGAAUGGAUUCAUCAGAGUGCCGACUUCGAUUUCCAUGAACUGGAAGAAGGAGAACAGUAGGACAGAAGAUGGCCCCGACGCAGAGCGCGAGUGGAAAAGAGCAACAGGCGGGAAUGUUCUCCCCGGCAACCACAUCCAUCAGUAUUAUAACCAACGACAGGGAUCGGCAGCGGGGGGGCGAGAAGCCAAAAAGUCGACCACAUCAUUGGCAGGAAAAGUUCGUGGUUAUAGUCCGCCCGUGACAUCAUCAUCGUCUCCGUCACCACAGUCCAGCCCGAGAACAGUUCCUGUUUCUAAACUCGGCUCCCCGGGUUCCAAACCGGGUCAGACCACGUCCAGGACCAACGGGACAAAACGGGCUCCAACUGGUCUCGCUGGAUCUCGACCGCGGACUGUAUCCAAUGGUUCCCUGAGGCAGCCUCACAGUUUUGCUCGUCCUGGUUCUGGUCCCGGUCCUCGAUCAGGUUCCCCCUUCCUGAAGAAACCGGCAGCCAGCCGCUCACACUCCAGCGACAGCCUCGGCUCCGCCGCGCCGGUCCAGCUGACUGAAGAAGACCGAUCACGUAGCCUCACCCAGGUCCGACAGCAGCCCUCCCCCUUACUCAUCCCUUCCUACUCCAAUAAGAGAGCUGCUGAGCGUGGCCUCAGAGAAUCAACCUCCUCUCUGGGUCCACCUAGAGGCAGUUUGGUAAAGUUACCUGUUAUUUGCCACACUCCAGAGGGAAGAGGGGGAGGGGUCAAAGUUCCCCUGAGGUCAGGGGUCAGCAUCCCCUCCCUCCUACCCCCCUCUGCCUUAAAGAAACCCCUCCUACCCAGCCUCGGCCCCGCCUCCAAGCCCAGCGGUAUCAGCUACAAGCUGUCACGCCCGUCACUCAUCAAGCAACCCCGCCCCCUGCGGAUGACCGCGCCCAGCGUGUCGGGAGGUGAACAGGAAGUGAACCUGGGUCUGAACUCAGCGGAGAUGGCGUCUACGACAGGAAACAGCCCAGAAAGAAGCCCAGAGGCUCUGGAGCCGGAGGGACUGUCCACGGAGCCCAUGUCCCAGACAGAGGUGUCGAUUGUUGCGGAGACACUGGAGGACAUGUCUCUGUCUUCAGCCUCCUCUCUGGACAGGAACGACACCAGUCAGGAGUAUAUGGACGACUUCGACAACCUCGGAAAUGGAGGAGUUGGUUUGAUGCUCCUUUCCUCCAAAAACGAUGAAGACGACUCGGGCCUCGACCAAUCGUGUGCCAGGUUUGACGAGGACAAGGCGGCCAGUAGCGGCGCCAGUAAGGCAGUGGGUCUGUGUUUCCUGGAGGACGGGGUGGACUGGGCCGCUGUGAGGUUAAGUGGCGAUCGAGCGGAGCAUCAUCUGACCAGCAGGAGGAGGUCGAGUCAGCCCGAUUAUCACGAGCAGGGAGGUUCAUCCCUGGAUCUGUCGCCCUCCGACAGCUGUGGGUCGGGGGGCACCUACAUGUGGGACGAGGAGGGUCUGGAGCCCCUAGGGGGCGCCCUCACCACCGCUUCCAUCAACUGCAGCAGCACCCACCACAUCGGGAGCUUCGGCUCGGAGGCCAACAGCAUCGACGUCUUGAACACCCUGGACUCUUGUGACCUGGAGGAUGAUGAUCUCAUGCUGGAUGAAGACUUUGCAGAAGAUGGCUCCCUCCACAGCGACGGAGAGGGGCUGUCCCACAUGGCUCAGUGGAGGAGGAGGCAGCUCUGCUGGGGGACGCAGGACGUCCAUGACAAUGAGAGUGACCUCAUGUGCUACAAGCUCGCUGAGGAUCCUGGGAAUAAGAGAACCGACGCCACCAGGGACGAUGACCUCAUUCUUGACCUCUGUCCUUCCAGGACUCUGGGAGCUGGUGGUGUGGAUGUGGACGACCUGGCUGACGACUGCUCUGCACUGAGGUCACAGCUGGAGAAGCUGCAGGUGUUCCUGCUGCAGGAGGACGAUGUGGACGAAGACACUCUGACCACUGACACUCUGAGUCCUGAGACCAACCAAUCACCUCUCAGCUCUGACACUCAGGUGCAGGCUCUCCUGCAGGAGGUGCAGCAGCUCAGGGAGGAGCUGAGGAGUCGGGACCAAACCAUCGCUCAGCUCACACUGCAGCUGACUGUUCCCUCAGCGACUGCCAGGUGUCGUUGUCAGGAGAUGACAGGAACGAGGGAUGGACACACACAGACGAGCAGGACGGAGAGAGAGAGCGUGGCCUCGCAGACGCCCUGGAGAGAGCACACGUCACAGGUACUUCACUCCUCCGGCCAGGACGACCAGGAACCACUGACGGGCAGAUUGUCCACGCCACUGCCUGCCCAAGCUCCGCCCCCAGCUCGCCCCUGCAAUGAGACGCCAUCUGACCCAAACGCAACUGACUUCACGACCAGAGAGGAUGAUGGGAAAAGUUCAAUGAAAGAGUCCAGAGGAGCCCACAGCAGAUCACUGAAGCUCCCGCAUCCCUCCAAGCUCCGCCUCUUCCUGUCUCAGACCUCCUGCACGCCCCCCCCCUCCACGACCAGGGCGUCCAAGCCGCCGUCGACCCUUCUUGACCCAGAGAGCCACGCCUCCUCUGGGGUUAGGCUCGGAAUGCUGGACUUCAGCUUCGGCUCGUCACGCCUCCCGAAACCAAAGAGCCACUGAGCGCUCAUCUGGCGUCGCCCCCCCCCCCCAACAAGGUGGGGCGAAUCUGAAAAAUGAAAAAUAUAUUUAUCAUAUAUUAUUUAUUUAUUUUUCAGUGAAGAUAAUAAAGAGAUAAAGACUAAAGUUUUUAAAUUAAACAAUCAAUAGGAAAACACAGAUUUUAGUUUAACAUUUCCAAAUGAGCUUUUUAAUCUGGUGUUAGCAAACUGACGGCGUAGCUAGCAUGCUAAGCAUUUCUCACGAAUAAGUGGCUGCUAAUGCUAAUGUUGGUGGCUAACAGCUAACAGCUAAUCACUUUGAAACUAAAGUGUCUCAUUUAUUCCAUUAUUUAAAUUCGAUUUAAAGCUAAUUCGGGUUUCAGGAAAAUGAAGUUUUUCCAGAAAUGAUAAAUGUUAAGUUAUUUAGUGAUUGUACGUUUAGUAUUAGAUUUGUUUUCACUCGCUGCGUGCUAGGAACCAGUGUCUUUGUCUCUCGGUGCCUGGUUCGCUGUGGGGACGUGUUGGCGCCUCCUACUGGACGAGCUCAGCCUCCAACCUGCUGCUCACAUCAACUCUCUGAAGUCCUUGUCACCUUCUUGUCAUGUGACUUUGUCCGUGUCACAUGUUCGAUCCUCGCUUCGUGUUUGGUUCCACGUUCUCCUGAGCGUUCCCUGUUAGUUGAGAGAUCGUCCUCCUGCGCCCCCUGGUGGAGAAUCGGUCUGAAGGUUCUACGUCCCUUUGAACGACCGGGACACAAACUGCUUCCACUUUCUCUCCUGCGACCAAUCAGACGCUCCGACUGGCGACACGUGAUCGUGUGACUUUCCCUCCAGCUCCGCUUGCUUCGAUAUUAUAAACUAUAUAAACAGGACACUAUGCAACAGGUUCAACUCUCCCUGCCCGAGUUCCUCUGAGCCACAGCAGAGACGCAGUCGUAUGAACAUUUAUGCAAAUAACUGACAUAGUGUAGGUUCACGUUUCAUCCAGAUGAUGAUGAUGAUGAUGAAGAUGAUGAUGAAGAGCUUGACCGCCGUGACAAGGAUUAACUAAAGUAUCAACAUGUAAACAACAACAUUAUCAGCUGAUCAAUCGUCUCAGUUUGUAACGAAGGAGGUGUCCCUCCUCUUCAUCCUAGACACACACACACACACACACACACACACACACACACACACACACACACUCACCUGAGAGCAGCAGGUACCACUCCAGUGUUGUAGAUAAACCCAGUUGCCAUGGUGAUGUAGUUGGACAGCCAUGGCAACCGCCGCAGUGUUGGGAUUUUGUGCGUGUGUGUGUGUGUGUCUGUGUGUGUGUGUGUGUGUUACCAGGUUCACUUUCACCUCAGAACAAACUCACGAAACUUUGAGUCUUAACGAAGGAUUUGUUCAUGAAGAGAAAUAAACGUUAAUCUUCCUCCGGCUGCUCGUCGUCCAAUCAGAUUCAAGCAUCAUGUAGUUUACACUUCAUCUUUUUAAUGUUUUAUUUAAUCUGAACCGAGUGAAACUUUAUUUAGAUUUUCACCUUAAAAGUCUCUGUUAUCUGGUCUCUCGUUUUCUAGAGUCUGAAAACGACCACCUGAUGAUUAUUAACUCUCCGUUUUCAUUUGUUAAUUAAUCACAGUCGCACAACUCCCGACAUUCUGAAGAUAUUCACAUUUACACAUCUGCCUGAAGACUUUUAAUGUGAAGGAUCUGCAGGAAGUGUUCACUGACAACAGUAAAAAAGAAAAGUGUAGAAACAGAAGCAAGUUUCAUUCUCGUUUCUAAAUCCUAGUGAUUCCCCAAAUAUCAAAAACAUCUUAAAAGUGACUCAUAUUAAUGAAUUAUUACAUUUAAUAAUCUUUGUCAAUGUUGGUUUGUUCCUGAAGUGAAAACACGUGAAACCAGGUGAAUGAUUGUGGAUGUUUUUAGCAUCAGCUGCUUCAGGGUCCAUAUUUCUGUAUUUCACUGUCUCAACUUAACUGAAACGUUUAUUAUCAGAGUGUUGUCCUCACUCUUCAUGUCUAUACAGUUAUCCUUCUCUUUUAUUUUGAAAGGCUGAAGGACAGGUAUUUUAUUUUGACAGACCUCCUGCCAUUUCCUGUAUCAUUUUAAUUUUCAUGUAAUAACUUGCCAGCGUUUUCAAUCUCGCCACCGCACAACAUUAAUUUAUGUGACUGUACAAACUGCUGUGAUGAAUACAUCGUGUUGUUAUGAAUAAUGUUCUUACACUGAAGCUCGAGCUUGUGAAGCAUCUGGCUCUGAAAAUGCACUUUAAUGAAACAACUUUUAUUUCUGUAUCUGUUUUUGAGUUUUGAAAUCUGAUUGAAUCUGCGUUUGUCUUCAGGAAGUUGGGCCUCAUGUUAAAGUGUCAAACGUCCUGAACCACAAAUUAUUCAAAUAAAACAUCCACUGAAUUAUUUUGGAAUCAGAAAAACAAGAUUUUGUUGUUUAUUUAUAAACAUUUUGUGACGUCAAUGCUGCAUCAGUUGAUAUUCUGACCUUUGAACCCUGCUCUCAUUGGCUCAAACCUGCAUUGGAGCUGUUUCAUUGGUUUGAGUGUGACGACGUCCAUCUCCUCACAUACGAUUGGCCGACACAGCUCUCUGCCUGUAGCUCAUUGGUUCAUGUUGAUUGUUCUCUUCUGUCAUUGGCUGAAAUAAAAAUAAUCCCUACUUGAAAA